AGCACGCUGAAUAUCGACGGCAGGUGCUUAGCGAGAGACUUCAAAUGCCCGACGCGAACCGCAAAUCCGCGCGGUCUGCCAGUCGUUGAGCACAGUUUUGCCAUCGAGUGGCUUUAGUUGGGUUUGUUCGCGACUCAACGAACGGCGGCGGUUGUAAAAUAAAAUAAAAAAAACAAGCGAAGGAAAGUUGUUUUCGGGGUUAUUUUGGAUGCCUGGUCGUUUGUUUUCGUAAUAUGGCUCAGCAUGGACACCAUCAUGUCGCGAGUUCUCAAAAGGCUUUGAUGUUGGAGCUGAAAAGUCUCCAGGACGAGCCGGUUGAAGGCUUUAAAAUAACUUUAGUCGACGAGUCGGACUUGUACAACUGGGAAGUCGCGAUUUUCGGACCCCCAAACACGCACUAUGAGGGGGGCUAUUUUAAGG